AUGAUUGAUAAUGAUGAUGAUGAUGAUGAUGAUGAUGAUGAUGAUGAUGAUGAUGAACUAUCUGAAGAAGCAAAGGAGGAUGAAGCUGAGAUUGCGGAAGUCACUUUUGCAACUAAUAAGUCCCUCUUUCCUCCAUGGACACAUGAAGUAAUUCAGAAGGAACCAGUCAAUGAACUGAGCAAUCAUUGGUUGGAGCCUUCAGUAUCGUUUGAGCUGGAUAAUACUACUGACUCUCAUCUUGACUUUUCAAUCACUCCUAAGGCUUUUCUGUUUAGAUACUUUAAGAAGAUUAAGAGAGCUCCAAUUUCUGAUAAUGAAGCUAAUCAAAUGUGUAACGCUCGUUUCCUGAGAGGGGGGGGGGUCCACGACGACAAUAACCACACUCCAGCUCCUCCGGUGGCGGCAACAGCAACGUAUCAAUGGCGGUUAGUGGAUCUCGGCCUCGUCAUCGACCGAUCUUGCGGCUCCAUCGAUAGUCUCGUUUCUUUAGCUUCACAUAUGAGGAGGAGGCCGCGUAGGUGGCUACGAAUUGCCUCCCAUUACUUCCGACUUAACGAUGCUCCAUCAUCGUUCUCUGCCUCCAGCAGAAACAGAAGCGGCGGUUGA